GAACGUAGUUACUCCAAUAAAUUUAUAGUUAUUUUUGUUCAGGGUCCGUGUAACAAACACCAUCUAAAAUGAAUAUGAAUGCAGCCCAACGCACAUCAUAUUUUUUGAUGAUGAGAAACAUUAGUCUGUCCGGUUCAGCUUAGCGUGAAUCAUUGAUGAUGCAUUUCUUUUUCGCUUGAAUUGAAUUUCCUCCUCGCUUGAAUUAAAUUGUUGAUUUUCCCCAAGGGAGUGUUUCAAUGAUCGGCAAUGGCGGAAGGGAAGGACAGGGCGCCGACGGUGAACUGGGAGGGCUCAGAGACGGAGAUCCGCGACAGGGGGGAAAUCGCAACGACUGGGGACGGCGGCGAGUCGGAGGCUGGUAGUACGGGGAAGAGCGCGGCGCUGCAAGAGCGGCAGAGUCGGGUUGCGACGGCGAUUUGUUGGGAGAGGUUUCUUCGUGUCACGUCGAUUAGGGUUUUGCUGGUGGAGGAUGACGAUUCCACGAGGCAUAUCGUCAGUGCGCUGCUUGUGAAUUGCAAUUACCAAGUGAUCGGAGCUGCAAAUGGAAACGAAGCAUGGAAGAUCUUAGAAGAAGAAGAUGCGGCGAAGCAGCAGCACAUAGAUCUGGUGUUGUGUGAGGUUGAACUCCCGCAAUUGUCGGGCUUAGAUCUUCUCUGCAAAAUAAUGAGCCACAACACAUGCCGUCACAUUCCUGUCAUUAUGAUGUCUUCUGGGGAUUCGAUAGGAUUGGUUUGGAAGUGCUUGUCAAAAGGUGCAGCUGGAUUCCUGGUGAAACCUAUGAGGAAGAAUGAGCUUAAGAACUUGUGGCAGCAUGUGUGGAGAAGAUGCCACAGUAGUGCCGUAAGUCCUUCAUUUCUCUACACACUACUGCUUAAGCCCCGCCGGUCUCAUAUGUCAUGCAUCUGAUUUUCCUAAGGCUAUUGGGAGCGGUAGUGGGAGAAUGUCAAAAGUAAAAAACACUGAAGACCCAAAGAAGAUGACAGAGAAUUCUAUUGGUCACGAUCGCACAGGCUGCAGGUGAGGACGCUGAUGGCGGCAUGCAGCAGCAGGUUCGAUGAUAUAUGAUGAUGUGCAAUCAACAAAAUUUUGGGGUUUUUCCUCCUCGCAAUAUAACGUACUUCAAACCGUAAUAAAAACAAUAUUACAUGUACAUUUAGAGGGCGUUUCUGUGUGCCGGUGCUUAUUGGCUUAUUGCUGGCAAGCAAUUUUAACUUAGAGGUUGUUUAUAAGUUAAACAUUCUUUCGUGGAAAUAAAAUGAUUUAAAUGAU